UACUUACAUACCAUAAUUAUCUUACAUGUAUUUUAUUCGUCUUAGCAUCCAUUUCAAUACAAGUUUUUAGUAAGUAAACAUAGGACGUUUGUCUGUUGUUUUAGUGAACAUAAAAGGCAAGUUCUAACAACUGCGCUACUAAUAUUUGAUACAUUUAAUGAAUCUGUGACGACGAUCUUAGAGCGUAAAGUACGUAGCUGGCUGAGUGGAGUUAUUGAUGAUAUGCGGCGUAGCAGUCCAGUUCAGCAGUGGCUUGACUCUCUACCAGUUGAAUCCGAGCAAGAAAACCAAAAGGGUGAUGCAUCAUUGAACAAAGAGAAUAUUGAAGAUGAACAAAAUACAACAUUGAAGAACUCAGAAGCAAAAUCAGAUGAAAAUAUAGCAGAAGAAUCUAUAACAGAGAACACAGUGAUAGAAACAAACCUUGAAGUAUGCCAAGGUAACAAAAAGGACCCAACUGAUGAUGUUUUCCAUGAUGAUAAAUGUUUAGACGUUCCAGAAUGUAGGGAGGUAGGAAAGAGGAAGUCUUUGGAAAGUGCAGCACUGACGAGUACCCCUAAAAAUAGGAAUGUGAAGAAGAAACUUCAAAGAGACCACUCUAUUCAAUCAGAAAGCUAUGCAUCAAAAUUUAAAAAUCCAUUGUUUCGGGAUCACUCUCUACAGUCCGAUGGCAGUGGAUCAAGUGGAAGUUCUGUUUUAAAUGUAUUAGGAGCCAGAAAAGUUGAUGCAGAAACUGUACUUCUGGGCCUUGGAUUUGGACCAAGCGAGAAACAACAGAAAUUACAAAGAAUUCCAGAUAGAUUUCUAGUUCCAUCAAAACUUAAAGGAAUAAGCACAGAACAGUUUAUAAAAAAUGAGCAACAUUCUAUGCGCAUGCACGAUUGUGGAGUUUUCGGAUAUAGGGGCCUUACAGGGAAUCCCCAUGUUCCACCGUCGACAAUUGUAGCUAAAAUAAUGGAUUGUAUCAUUCAAGAUGAUGUGUGCCGUGAAGAGGCAUUGAUGAAAGCGCGUCAUUCGAUCGCAGACUUGCGCAGUUCGGCGGCCAUUCACGCUCACCUUGCGGCACGAUUAAGAAGUACUUGAUAACAUAUUUAAAUACUCUCCAAAAAUCUGACCAAUUUUUUAAAACUUUAAUUGUACUGUUUUAGGAAACCAUUACAUCUACGGUAGAAAUAUAUGUCGUUAUAGUGAAAGUCCAAUAUUAGUGAUUGCUAACAAUUUUUUUUUGUUUGUACAUUUUCGGUGGACAAAACCUUCUGGUUUCAGGGAGGUUAAAAAGAUUGCCACAACAGGUUCCUGAAAUUUUCAGUAUGUGGAUUUGGUGUGAGACAUGCAACAGUGAAAUUUUCACUGCAAAGCAGUAACUCGACCUAACUAGACUGAUGAAUCUAAACAUUUACUAAUAUCGGACAUUCACGGUGUCAUAUCCGAAUACCCAUGCGACAUGUCACGUACAUCUGGGUAGGAACUAACAAGUCGUCAAAAAUAAGUUCUAACUCACGAUUUGGGAGCUUCGUUCUAAAGUCCGAAAAGUAAUUAAAUUACCGGAGUAUCUUAUUUUAAGUAAGCAUGUACAAAUGCAUAUUAUUAGUCAAAUUCGAUAUUUUUAAACAGACAUAAGUUUAUAGUAAAAACCAGACUAUUAUUCUGCUAGAUUUUGUAUCGGACUGCGUAUCUAGUAAAUUGUUGAUCGAAGUUGUUCAUAGCUAAACACCCAGUCUUACUUCGCACCUUGAAUUCGCUAAUGAUAGAGUUGUAGACGGGUCAUUAAAUACUUAGUUAGACUUGUCAAAACCUGUACCUUCUAACCUAACCUAAAACUGUAAUAGCAAGAAUCAGGUUCCUAUUGUUUGGAAUAAUGCUUACAAUACUAGGGGCCUUAUAAACGUUAAUAUAGUUGUGCACAGCAUACGAUAUAAAGUCGAAAAGGUUAUGCAGUAGUUUGUCGCACUUCAAAUGUCAGAGCGAGAAAAAACACUGCAUUACUAUUCCACAGCGGAGCGAAAAAAAAAAUAGAAGCAUAAUUUUUGCCACCAAAAUAGCCUAAAAGAACCUAGCCUCGAUGGGAGUAGCUUAUGAAAUGAGACCCGCUAGUCACAAUGCUGAUAGAUUAACUGCCGGCCAAUCACAGCUGCAUGACAAACAUUAGAACCAAUCGUGUAUUUGGCGAUUCACGGAGAGUGCGCAUAUAGAUUGAUUGGUACCCAUUUCGAAUGACAAUUUGUUAAAGGGACGACUUCUAUGUUUAUUUUUGUUCGCUGCUGUUCCGACGUUAUGCCACGUUUAUUAAAAAGCUCUGACAAGCGUAAAAUAGAUUUCAGAAAACAUGUUUACUUAAAUUACUGAGCGACUCAUGUUGUACGUACACAUUACAGUACUUAUUACAGAUUGACAUAAGCAAUUAUUGUAAUAAUACAAAUAAUGGGUUAUAAUAGGACUAUCGCGAGUUUGCGGUUGCGUCUCUUUAGUUAUCCUGUAAGUGGCAAGUUUACAAAACAAAUUUUAAUAUGUGUUUAUUAUAAUAAGUACUUAUCGUUGAGAAUCAUACUGUUUUUUAAGGAUUCAUGAUGUUGAUUUGCUGUUGCAGAUCUUUACUCCCAAAAUCCUUCCAAUAACCUAUAAAGGAAGAAAUUCGUUUAAGUUUGUUCAAUCGAUGAGAAGUUUAUUCACGUUUAGUUUGUAUUGAAUUUUUCGCGAAUGUUUUUAUGUAGCGUUGUUCUUCAAUUCUAUCAUUAUUUUUCUAUUCAGAGCGAUUGUUCGUGAAACGUCUUAACUUUUUUCAUUUAAAUCUGAUGAAAGUGAUCAGUGAAAUCAUUUUUGAAACAGUGUGCUAGCUGUGUAUAAAUCAAUAAUCAACUAUUAGUAGUAGGACAAACAUUGAAGCCAUUUGAUUCUAAACAAAAAACAACAGAAUGAGAUAGUCAAUGUAAACAAACUGUCGGUAUUAGGUAGAAUGGCACCUAGAAUUGUCCUUUGCUAUCGCAAGCUAAUACUGUUAAUUAUUAUUUCUACGUUGAAUGUUCUUUCGGUAGCCUUUAGGUAGUUUUAAAAAUCAUAUUCUUUAAUCUUGUCUAUGUUCCAAUAAAUAACAUUUCUAGACAAUAAUUUAAGAUAUUUUGUUCCGAUGAAAUUAUAAACUAGCAGCCCACUGCCUCUGGAAUGUAUCUUUGAUAAAUCUUUUCCUUAUUGUUUGAUAACCUACUAUACGUUAUCCUAUACAAGAUAUUUCCUGAUUAAAGCGUACCUACGCAAGCAAUUUAAAAUAAUAGUCUUUUAUAAGUAGGAUAUUAACCUUCCUUGUAAAAUUAAUAAAAAAAUAGUAAUAGAAUUUCACAUGCCUCGUUAUUCACAUGCAUGUUCACAUGCAUGUUUCGUUGUUAAUUUAGAUCCAUAGUUAGAGAAAAGUACCUCAAGGGAUGUAGGUAAAAGGUAAUGUAAAGGUUGCCUUGCAGAGAUAGCUACUAAGCGAUAAGGCCGCCUUUUGUUUUCUACUUCUGUCUUUGUAUUUCUAUUGUUCUUUUAUUUUCCUAACUUCAUAGUGGUGUACAAAUAAAGAGUUAAAUAUGAAAUAGGUACCUAAUUAUAAGUUGUUAUUUUGUUUUAAAAAAUUUGAGUAAUUUAUCAAGUCACAACUACACCAAGCUACUUAAGAUCAGACUGAUAAUGAAAUCUCGAUUACUUAAUUCAUUUAUUGAUUGAAAUAAAAUUAUAUAUUUUAAUUUUUUAUAAACAACUCAUGCUUUCGACGUGACAAAUUAAUAAAAGUAGGGUAGAACUUUUGUUUUUAAUAGUUAUUGCUAGUUCACUUACGUGUUUAACAUACAACACAUACUUAAAUAUGUACUUUAUACGAUCAUAUUUAUAUAAGGCAUAUGAUUAGAAGAAAUGAUACUAUGUGAGUGUUAAUAAACAAUCAGACUACAUAUGAAUGUUUGUGUGGGUGUUAUGAGUAGGUAUGUACUUAGACAAAGAUUUUAGAAUUUAAACUAUCGCGAUUAAGUUAAUUUUUACUUUGUAAUGGGCUGAAUUUACGUAAAUUUCCGUGGGAGAUUGCCUGACUAGUUUCGAACUCAUUCGGGGCCUUUAGUCAUGAGGGUACUUGCGCUCGCGAGUUCAGCCGUUUAUUACAAAGUAAAAAUAUACAGAGAUUGUUAAACAUUUACUUAAUAAACUUAAGUUUUAAGACAUUUUUUAUAUUAAUAUAUUAUAUAUAUACAAAUGCCAAGCUAUUCUUAGGUGUUCCAUUUCUAUAAGAUAAUAAAAAAGAGUCGUAAGCCCUGCAUAAUAAUAAUUACGUACCAAAUAUGAACUUGUGUCAUUGAUUUAAUUUCCACAGAUUUUAAUACUUUAAUGUAAAACUUAGUUUUCUACAGCAAAAUGUACUAAUGCAGAUAAAGUCGCGGCCAACUUGUUAAUUAGGGACGACU